CUAGGAAUUAUCGUAUUUGAUUGGAAUUAAAUGCCAAGGUUGAAACCUUUUGCGAUAAUUGAAUUUCAACCUUGUUUUGAUACUUUUGCUAGGUCUCCCUCGAUUCUAUAUAACCCUGUGUCUUUUUUUUUUUUUUUUUUUGGGUAAUUUGGUCCGUCACAUACCUUUGGAAUCUGUCUUAGUUUGUAUAACAUGAAGUUUACAUUUUACCGUCACCAGCCUGGUUUAAUUAUCGUUAUAUUCUUAAGCACUACCUCUUCGUAUGUCUGUAUCAAUUGUUUUGAUUUUCUGAAGUUGUGAAUCAAAAUCAUUAUGUUAAUAUUUGUAGGCUCCUACCAUAGGUUGAGUGCAGAUUCCAAACAAAAGUAAAGUAUUUGCAUACACAGAUGCUGAGGACCAUGAUUUAAUACCUUUAUUGAUUCGAAAUCUUAGGAAACUCAUGUAAGUUUUCGACACUUAUUAAUCUAAAAAACAUUCCAAUACUAUUGCCUUAUUUUGUUAGUUGACUCAUAGUUCAUUGAAAUAUGAGUUGAACUAUUCUGGCGUAGUUUAUGUUAUUAGGGCCUUUUAUUUUAAUAAUGAUACUCUUGAGGAGAACAUGAGUUGCUGAAGUUAAGAGGUAAUAUGACAAGGAUGAAAUUGGUGUUAACUGUUUUGCUAAUCUGCUCUUUGCAGUCAAUGGAAAGCCAACCUACCUUUUGUUCACAUAAGUUAUUUGCGAGGCUUGUUUUGAUACAAGAAGAAGCAAGGAAUCUGAUGGGGGGUAUUCUAGAUGAAGGAAAUGGUCCUAGUUUUAAAAACCAUUUGAAUGGAGUUGCAGGGAAGGGUAAUGUUUCCGGUAUUAACUCUUUUGUGCUGGCAUUCUUCUUGAGAUUGGCAAAAGGUAUUAAGAAUGAAAGAGUCAGUACCUCUCCUCUCACUGAGAUCCAGACAAAGGAAAGAGCUUGA